AUGGCCAAUGGCAUCGGCAAUGGUAGGGGCAACGCCACGGCAAAUGGCAUCGGCAACGGUAGGGGCAACGCCACGGCAAAUGGCAUCGGCAUUGGUAAGGGCAACGCCACGGCAAAUGGCAUCGGCAACGGUAGGGGCAACGCCAUGGCCAAUGGCAUCGGCAAUGGUAGGGGCAACGCCAUGGCCAAUGGCAUCGGCAAUGGUAGGGGCAACGCCAUGGCCAAUGGCAUCGGCAAUGGUAGGGGCAACGCCACGGCCAAUGGUAGGGGCAACGCCACAGCAAAUGGCAUCGGCAAUGGUAGGGGCAACGGCAUGGGCAAUGGCAUCGGCAACGGUAGGGGCAACGCCACGGCCAAUGGCAUCGGCAACGGUAAGGGCAACGCCACGGCCAAUGGCAUCGGCAAUGGUUGGGCAAGGCCAUGGGCAAUGGCAUCGGCAAUGGUAGGGCAAGGCCAUGGCCUAUGGCAUCGGCAACGGUAG